UCUAAACCAAAAGGUCCAAAACUAAAGAAAAAACCCCGGGAAACCAACUCCAAAACCCCCAAAACUUCCCGCGAAAAAUCUCAAAUUUCAACAUUUACCCCCAAAAUCCCACACCAUAAACCCUAUCCAUCUCACUUUCCAAUUCAACCCCAGAUCAGAACUCCAGAUUGAGAGAGAAGAAGAGGGAGAAAAUUCAAGAUGAAGGUAAAACCAGUGAAGCUAAGAGAAUCCCACAAGAACAGUAACAAUGGCAAACCUUCAUUUUGCUCAGUUUUGUGGGACAACUAUUCCACCCACAUUGUCACUUCUUCCUCUUCAGAUUCCUCCAUUUCCAUCUAUGAUUCUCUCCUCCUUUCUACGCCGUCGAAGAAUCUCCGCCACCACCGAGACGGCGUCACUGCUUUGUCUCUCAGCCCUAAUUCCACCUGCCUUGCUUCCGGAUCUAUUGACCGCACCGUCAAGCUCUACAAAUUCCCAAGUGGAGAGUUUCAGAACAAUAUUACCAGAUUCACGUUGCCUAUUCGCACCCUUACUUUUAACAAAUCAGGAAGCUUGUUGGCAGCUGCUGGUGAUGAUGAGGGCAUCAAACUCAUCAACACUGUAGAUGCUACAAUAUCAAGAGUUCUUAAAGGGCAUAAAGGGCCCGUCAUUAGCUUGGCAUUUGAUCCGAAUAAUGAAUACUUGGCUUCUCUUGAUACUAAGGGGACAGUCAUAUUUUGGGAACUUAUAUCGGGAAGUAUGUUGCAUACUCUCAAAGGAGUGGCUCCUGAUACAAGUUCCGACAUGUCCAUUAUGAAUGGGCUUAGCUGGAGUCCUGAUGGUGAAUUAUUAGCUGUUCCAGGUCUGAAAAAUGAUGUGGUAAUGUUUGAUAGAGAUACAGCUGAAAAGGUAUCUACAUUGAGAGGUGAUCAUGUCAAACCUAUUUGUUUCUUGUCCUGGUCACCUAAUGGAAAGUAUCUUGCUACAUCUGGUUUAGAUAACCAAGUGUUAAUAUGGGAUAUCGCAAAGAAACAAGACAUUGAUCGACAAAAGUUUGAUGAGAGGAUAUGCCAUAUGGCAUGGAAACCAACUGGCAACGCGUUAGCUGUUAUUGAUGUCAUGGGAAAAUAUGGUAUUUGGGAGUCAAUAAUUCCUUCGUCAAUGAAAUCUCCAACAGAAGAUAUUCCCACCUUACAGUUAAAGAAUAGCAAUGGAAUUUUCUUAUUUGAUGAGGAGGAGGAGCAAGAGCGAAGUACAUCUAACAGUUUAAGUGAUGUGGGUGAAGAUAGCUUUGGAGAAUCAGUGCCUCACACCAGGAAAAGAUUACGAAAAUCAUCUUUGUCAGAAGAAAAUUUGGAAGAAGAUGUUGACGAAGAAUUGAAUAAGUCUACAAGAUCCGAAUCACUUAAAAGGCCUGCUAAGGCUCACAAGGAAAGUUGGGAGGGUGGAGAUAGGAAGCCAAAAUCCAUGAUUGCCCAAAAUGGUUCAAAAAUACAAGAGCCAUUUCAGCCUGGUGCAACUCCUGUGCAGCCAGGAACAAAAUGCUUUCUCUGUUACAACAUGCUUGGAAGCAUAACCACUAUGCAACAUGAUGGAUAUUCACAUAUAGAGAUUGAUUUUCAUGACACAAGUCAAGGUCCUAGAGUUCCAGCAAUGACUGAUUAUUUUGGAUUUACCAUGGCUUCUCUAAAUGAGAACGGGAGUGUUCUUGCAAAUCCAAGGAAGGGCGAGAAGAAUAUGAGCACUCUCAUGUAUCGUCCAUUUAGCAGCUGGGCAAAUAAUAGUGAGUGGUCUAUGCGGUUUGAAGAUGAAGAAGUGAAAGCUGUAGCACUUGGUACUGGAUGGGUGGCUGCUGCUACUAGUUCUCAUUUUCUCCGCAUCUUCACUGAGGGUGGCUUGCAGAGACACAUUAUCUCCCUCGAUGGACCAGUUGUGACUGCUGCUGGCUUUAAGGAUGAACUUGCUGUUGUCAUUCAUUCUUCGCAACCUCUUUCUUCAAAUGAUCAGAUGUUAGAGUUCAGAGUAUUCAACAUAAGCAAUGGAACCCAACCCCUUAAAGGACGCCUACCUUUGUCACCCGGUUCAAGCCUAACAUGGUUUGGAUUCAGUGAGGAAGGCCGACUAGCUUCUUAUGAUUCAAAGGGCAUGCUAAGAGUGUACUCAGAUCAAUUUGGUGGAAGUUGGCUUCCUCUAUUCAGUGCCAACAAAGUAAAGAAGCCAGAUGAAAACUACUGGAUGGUUGGUUUAAGUGCAGAGAAGUUGUUUUCUAUUGUAUGCAAAUCUCCUGAUUUAUAUCCUAAGGUAUCAUCCAAACCAGUUCUCUCGCUUCUUGAUCUUUCGUAUCCUCUUGCAUCUUCUGAUCUCGGAGCAGAUACUCUUGAGAAGGAAUUUAUCUUCAGGAACACACGUCUUUUACAGAUUCAGAAAGCAAUUGACGAAACAGAAGCUGCUGGUAUGGAUUGCACACAACUUGAUGAUGAAGCUUUCGAUAUGGAAGCAGCACUUGAUAAGUGCAUUCUGAGGCUCAUUGCAUCUUGCUGCAAUGGCGAUAAGCUAGUACGGGCUACUGAACUUGUAAAGCUCCUAUCAAUGGAAAAAUCAGUUAGGGGAGCCAUAAAGGUGGUCACCACUUUAAAGCUUCCGAGUUUAGCAGAAAGGUUCAACAGCAUCUUGGAGGAGCGAUUACUCAAUGAUGCAACCAAGAAUGAGGCGCUUUCUAACCCUAAGUCGCAUGCUGAUACAACUACCAAAACGGAUACCAUUGAUAAGACCUUCAUUUCUCCAAACACCUUAACCGAAAAGUUCAUCAGCAGAAAUAACAUCUUGAGUAAUAACUUGAGUUCAAACUUAACAAACGAACCUUCAGAACCCAUCACCCCCUCACCCACACCAAAAUUUACAGCUACUAUCUUCCCUAAGAAAGCAAAGAUUCAGGAAGGAAACAGUUUCCAAGUGGAGCAGAAGAAGUCAGUUGUUCUGACUAAUGUACAGAAACCUACAGAUAUAACAAAAGAUGCUGUUAAUCAUAGUUUAGGCAAGCAACAGAACCCUGCAGAGGCAACAAAGAAACUAAAGUUUUCUGGUGCAUCUAACCCAUUUGCUAAAUCAGGAAUUGACUCAGAUAUACGGCCGAAAAACCCAUUUGCAAAGACAUCAGGCAUUCAGGAGAAAUCUUCUCUGCUCGAUUCGAUCAAGAAGAUGAAGACAGUUAGCUAGGAUGUUGCUGCUCUGAACUUUUGUUUGGGAAUAUUGUAAAAUGUACAUAAUUUAAUUCUUCAUAUUUGCUUGAUUUCUGACAACCUUUUGGGUUUAAUAGAAUAUAUGAUCAUGCAAUUUCACUGGUCUCA